ACGAAGAAAAAAAAGACAGAAAAUUGGGACAGUUAGAUAGGUUUUGUAAUUUUUCCCGGCGAAAAUGGAGAAACCUGAAAACCACGCAAUGGAAUCCGAAACUCUUGAUCACCACAAAUCCGAAAACACACAGCAUUCCGAUGAAUCGGAACAACAAUUGGCGACGGAGACUCCCAAAUCAGACUCUUCCCAGCUCAGCCUCACCCAGGUAAUGGAGGCCGUAGACGAUUUCAUCCAAUCCCUCUCCUCCUCCACGGAUCCGCUACGAGAGAUUCCCCCAACGGUGGAGCCAUUCCCGGAGACGGUCGAUUCCUUGGUCUCAAAAAUGGAAUCCUCCGGUCUGGGCCGUGACGAAGCAGAGGACUCUGCAUUCAUCCUCGCCGUUAACCGAAUCUCAAAAUCGGUUAUGACAUUGAGAGAGCUCCGGCUCGAUUCAACCCCGGUUUCCUCGUGGCUAAACCGGGCGAGCUCGGUUCAGAACCGUGCAGCGUCCCUCCUCGACGAAGAGUUUCGUCACCUCCUCGAUCGUUCCAGAGAGAAGAAUAAGAAAAACAACAACGCUGACGUGUCGUCCGAUUCGACUCACGAAUCGGACCGAUGCGUCUUGCAGGAGGAAGAAACAUUCCCGGACUUUCCACCGGAAUCGAUCUCCACCCUGGAGAAGAUCGCCGGAGCCAUGAUCUCCGCCGGCUACGAAGCGGAGUGCUGCAUGUCGUACGAGAUGUCGAGGCGCCACGCGUUCAAGGAGGAGCUGAGCGAGGUCGGGUUCGAAGGGAUCAACGUGGAGGACGUGCAGAGAAUCCCCUGGGAGUCUCUCGAGGGAGAGAUCGCCAGCUGGAUCUCCAUCGUCCGCCGCUGCUCCACCGUGCUUUUCCCCGGCGAGCUUUCUCUCUGCACCGCCGUGUUCUCCUCAGAGGACCACGCCGCGACUCGCAAACGCCUCUUCACGGGGCUCGUCUCCGCCGUGACGAUCCGGUUUCUUGAUUUCUCGGGUGCCGUGGUGCUCACGAAACGGUCCUCCGAGAAGCUUUUCAAGUUCCUUGACAUGUACGAAACGCUGAGAGACUUGGUCCCUGCCGUUGAGCAAUCGGACUCGGAUCUCAUCGAGGAGAUUAAGCUGGCUCAGACGAGGCUGGGAGAAGCGGCGGUGACUAUAUUCGGAGAGCUUGAGAACUCGAUCAAGACCGAUCAGGGGAGGACCGCUGUUCCGAGCGGAGCGGUCCACCCGUUGACUCGUUACACCAUGAACUACCUCAAGUACGCGUGCGAGUACAAAGACACUUUAGACCAAGUGUUCCAAACAGAACCCGAACAAGAGACCAAACGGAACCAAAGAGAAGACGACGAGGAGUACAAAGUCUCAGCCUUUGGUAGACAAAUGAUAAAAGUGAUGGAACAUCUUGACGCAAAUCUUGAAGUCAAAUCAAGACUAUACAGAGAUCCAGCACUACGAUCCAUAUUCCUCAUGAACAACGGUAGAUACAUUCUACAAAAGAUCAAAGGGUCGACAGAGAUUAGGGACUUGAUGGGACAAGCGUGGACGAGGAAGAGAUCAACGGAGCUUAGACAGUACCACAAGAGCUACCAGAGAGAGACUUGGGGGAAAGUGUUGCAAUGUAUGAACCAAGAAGGGAUCCAGGUGAAUGGGAAAGUUUCUAAACCGGUUUUGAAAGAGAGGUUCAAGGUGUUCAAUGCUAUGUUUGAUGAGAUUCACAAGACGCAGAGUACUUGGAUUGUGAGUGAUGAGCAGAUGCAAUCGGAGCUAAGGGUUUCUAUCGCGGCGUUGGUGAUUCCGGCUUAUAGGUCUUUCUUUGGGAGGUAUAAGCAGCAUAUUGAUUCUGGGAGGCAUUCGGAUAAGUAUGUUAAGUAUCAGCCUGAAGAUAUUGAGACUUAUAUUGAUGACUUGUUUGAUGGGAAUCCACCUUCUAUGGCACGUAAGAGGACUUGAAAAACUAUGAGAGUGUGACAUAUGAUCUGGUUCCUUU